AUGUCCUUGCCAUACAAAAAGGUAUUGCUUGUCGGAGCAACUUCUGGAAUCGGAGCAGCAUUGGCCGACAAACUAGUCGAGAACGGCAUAUUCGUCAUUGCGGCCGGGAGACGAAAGGAGAACCUCGACAAGUUCGUUGACAAACACGGCGCAGACAAGGCGGCCGCAGCGGUCGUCGACAUUCUGAAGCUUGAAUCGAUCCCGGGGUUUGCCGCAUCCACUCUCAAAGCUCACCCCGAGAUCGACUGCGUCUUUCUUAAUGCCGGCGUGCAGCGCGGUGUCGACUUCACCAAGGCCGAGAAGGUGGACUUGGACAUAAUCCACGAUGAGCUGUUGGUGAACUACCUCUCGCACGUCCACCUUACCAAGGCCUUCCUCCCCCACCUCUCGAAGCAGGGCAAGCAGACGGCUCUGCUGUACACGACGUCCCAGCUCGGCCUCACGCCGAUGAAGCGCUGCCCCAACUACAGCGGCUCCAAGGCGGCUAUGCACGGCUUCAUCCUCGCGCUCAGGGCCCAGCUGAGGGAUGUAUCCUCGGGUGUCAAUGUCGUCGAGGUCUACCCCCCGGCGGUGCAGACGGAGCUGCACGACGCGAAGCACCAGCCCGAUUUGAAGAACGGACACGCGAUCGGCAUGCCGGUGGGCGAGUUUGUUGACGAUGUCUACCGGAGGUGGGUGGCCGGUGAGGAGCAGAUCCCCGUGGGGACAGCGAAGCCCAUGUUUGAUGCUUUUGAGAACGCGAGACAGGAGUAUUUCGUCUCUUUCAAUGCUGAGAUGGACAGGGUCUUGGUCGAUUUUACGGCAUGA